GUGCUCUGCUCACACAGGUAGAAGAUACAAACCAGGAAGUGUCUACUACGCCAACGUAUUUCGUGUUAUUUAUACGUUUUUAACAUGUCAAAUGAAGUCCGAUAUUGCGACAGGUGCUCGUACCUCUUUCUCAAGUUCUCGUUAAUCGUAUAUGCAACAAUAUUCUGGCUCAUAGGGGGCUUUAUAUUGGCCAUUGGCAUUUAUGCGGAGGUGGAGAGGCAACAGUACAAAACUCUGAAAGGAGUAUUCCUGGCUCCUGCCAUUAUCCUCAUUGUGCUCGGUGUGAUCAUGUUCAUCGUCUCCUUCAUCGGUGUUCUGGCAUCUCUCAGAGACAACUUGUGCCUUCUCAAAGUGUUUCUUUACAUGCUGGCUCUCUGUCUCAUUUUGGAGCUUGUCAGUGGGAUUCUUGCUUUGAUCUUUAGGAGACAGACAGAGGACCUUCUCAACAAAAACAUCCGCAAAGGCAUGGUCAAUUACUAUGAUGACCUUGAUUUCAAAAACAUCAUGGAUUUUGUUCAGAAAAAGUUCAAAUGUUGUGGGGGAACCGACUUCAACGACUGGCAGGUGAACAUGUAUCAUAACUGCUCUGCUCCUGGUCCUCUAGCAUGUGCGGUGCCUUACACCUGCUGUCUGAGCAAGAAUUCUGAAGUUGUUAAUACUUUGUGUGGAUACAAGGCCCUGGAGAAAGAGAGGCUAGAAAAUAUAGAUUUGAUCUACACCCGUGGUUGCACUAAUGCUGUCUUCAUUUGGUUCAUGGACAACUAUAAAACCAUGGCUGGACUUCUACUGGGCAUCUUGGUUCCUCAGUUUUUUGGUGUGAUCUUUACCUGGCUUUAUAUCACCCGUGUGGAAGAUGCCAUCGAGGAGUAUGGACACUAUAUGGAUGGUCUGCUGGACGGCGGGACCCAGAAGACCAAGAACCAAAGCAAGUGGGCCAAAUGCUGCAAAUGCAUGCCUUUAAUUGACUGAGUGCAAACUCCUAAAAAGCCUUAAAUUGGAAGCAAAAAAGGAUUUACAGGUACUAUCAUGUGCUGUGGGUGAAAUGAACAGUUUGUAGCUCUGUAAAACUCAACCAUGCUGUUACAUUUGUAAUAUCAGCCACAGACACACUGAUGCAAGCCAUUUUUGUACUGUCAAUAUUGUUUUCACAGUUACUCCCAGGA